UUCACUGCACACACACACACACACACUGUGAAACACACACACACACACACUCACACACACACUGAAAACAUCGAAACACACGCACGCACGCGCGCACACCGGCGAGAAUGGAGCGAAGCCUGCUCUGGGGUUGUUAGAUGGAUACAUAGUGGAUAACGCGCCUGUUGCGCACUACUUUUUUUUCUCCUCCAGGAUGCUCUACAAGUGAUCCAGUCUGUAAUCUGGAAUAUCUACAAUAAUCCGGAUCUCUUUAAUUCGUUUCACCGUUGAAGAUUAAACAGAACACACCAAACGAUCCGGAUUCAACUCGGGUUUGCUCCGUAUGGCGCGAUGCAUCUCCCCGGGCUUAUCGUACUCUCCAGCGGGGCAGAAGUUUGGGGUUAGCCGCUUGGAGCGCACAGGGUGACCGCUACCGCUGGAGAUUUUGACCGCUGGAGCUUCUGGAGCUAAAGCCCGAGUCCUGAGCGUAGGCUGCCGGUGUAUGGUGCGCGCCCCCCGGCAUGGCGAGCGAGCUGAAGCCGCGGUUGUGCUGCAUGGCGAAGGGGGAGCAGGGCUACGGCUUCCACCUGCACGGAGAGAAGGGCAAGAGCGGCCAGUACAUCCGCAAGGUCGAGCCCGCCUCCCCCGCCGAGGCUUCGGGGCUCCGGGCCGGGGACCGGGUGGUGGAGGUGAACGGAGAGAACGUGGAGAGAGAGACCCACCAUCAGGUGGUACAGAGGAUUAAGGCGGUGGAGCAUGAGACCAGGCUGCUGGUGGUUGACCGUGAGACAGAUGAGUACCUGCGCAGUCUUCGCCUCACCUGUACAGAGGAUAUGGCAAUCCGAGUUAGCCCCUCCCCCUCCUCUUCAUCGUCCCCUCCCCCAACCCCCAGCAAGUGGGAGAACGGCUCCGUGUCCAAGAUGCCCUCCAGCCUGACCAGCGAGAUCCCCAAACCCACCAGGAGAGCUCCGUCACGGGCUGCUAAAAAGGAAGCUCAGGCGGUGGUUCAGUCCUCUCCAGCUGAAGCGUCUGAUCUGACCCCCAGGCUCUGUCACCUGGUUCGGGCCGAGGCGGGAUACGGCUUUAACCUGCACAGCGAGAAAUCCAGACCGGGUCAGUACAUCCGCUCUCUGGACCCCGGCUCUCCGGCCGACCGCGCCGGCCUCAGACCACAGGACAGACUGAUAGAGGUGAAUGGAGUGAAUAUUGAAGGUAUGAGGCAUGCUGAGGUGGUGGCGUUUAUUAAGCGAGGUGGGGAUGAGACGCGUUUGCUGGUGGUGGAUCCCGACACAGACGAGCAUUUUAAAAAGCUGGGCAUCGUCCCGACCAGCGGCCACGUCAAAGGUAUUGAGACAGAGUCCAUCACCAACGGCUCGCCCAGCCCCCGCAUCAACGGACGCUCCACAUCCCAGUCUACACACUCAGACCGCAGCAGCCUGGACAACAGCACACAGAACUCGGAGGAUGGUGGGAACCGCCUGCUGGACCCUUUCUCUGAGAUUGGUCUGAGGUUGAGCCCCACGGCGGCAGAAGCUAAAGAGAAAGCUCACGCCAAGCGCGCCAAGAAAAGAGCUCCACAGAUGGACUGGAAUAAGAAAUACGAGAUUUUCAGCAACUUCUGAACUCUCUCUCUCACACACACAUACACACACUCAAGAGACUGACACACACAACACACACACUGACUCACACACUUCCCAACAUCCCAGAAUUCCAAGCCCUCCGUACAUGACUGCUUUUGAUGAAAUUGGAGGCUGUUAUUUUUGUAGAAAGAGCGAAACCAGAAAAGCCUAAAAAGAGUUUUAAUAGUGAGCCUGCGGAGCGGGAGCGGGCCGAGGGCGAGCGCGAGUGUCUGCGUCUGAUUUUCUCUCCGUUAUUUUUGUUCUUUUUUUUCUUUUUUUUCUUCGAUUUAAACUGGAAAAACCACAGUGAUUUGAAGCCGCCGCUGACAAUCAUCAGUCCCUGAAGUGCGAGAACCUGAACUCUGAACAGCAGGAAGACGCUGGAUGCAGGAAGAUGCUGCAGGAUGCAGAUUGGAAGCCUGGAUUUUGCAUUGACUAUAUAUUACUUUAUAUUUCUCUUGCUUGGUUUUAUAGCUAAUGCUAAUGCUAAUGCUAAAGAUACAUUCAUCAGCUUGGCAGCAAAAUCCCAGAAUGCCAGCCGCCAUUUUUUUUGUUUUAAUACAUAAUUACCACCUUCAUUAGCAGCAGAUGUUGAUCCAGGCUUCAUACGGUCAUGAAAAACCUAAAAAAGCCAUGGAAUUUAAAAAAAAUAUAUAUAUAUAGCAAUUUCUAGGUCUGGAUUAGUAUUGGAAAUAUAAUAAAAAAAAUACCCAGAAAGUUUUGAAAAAAUUCAUGGAAAUUUGGUCUAGAAAUUAUUGUGUUUCAGUUUAUCAAUUGAGAAAAUCUUAUUAAUAUUUUGAGCUAAAAAACAAAAAAUACAUCAGCUCAAAGUUAAUUCAGUAAUUUAAUUUAUUAUUAAACAGUGAAGUGUCAGGUUCAUUCUACACUGUAAACCCAUACGUUGUUUGAACUCAAAUGAUUUGAGUCUGUUUUACAUAAAAUUGGAUAUUUCUAAACUAUACACUCAACUAUUUGAGUUAGUUGAACUGAAUUCGUGGGCUCAUGUACUGUACUAUUCAAACUGAGAUCUUUGAGUUAAACCACUUAUAAUAACUGAGUUUAUUCUGUUUUGCCAUUAACAGCUUCUUUUCCAUUGGCUUCUGUCCCAACCAAUUUGCAUACUGGGUGUGUCCAACAGUUUCUGACUAACACUCACCAUCAGUGUGAUCAUAGUGAUUCCCCCUGGGCUCCUUAGAAAUAAAUCAACUUCCCCUUUAGUUGUAAUAACUUGAUGUUUUAAUUUAUGCUAACUCAAGUUUUUAUUUCAUAUUACUUAAAAAAAUUGAGCAAAAAACAGCUGCCUUAAAAAAGUUAAAUAAACUCAACUUAUCUGGUCUUACAAUACAACAGAAAUAAAACAGUUAAAUCAACUUCCCCUUUAGUUGUAAUAAAUUGAUGUUUUAAGUUAUGCUAACUCAAGUUUUCAUUUCCCAUUACUUAACUUUUUUAAUUCUUUAAGUAAAUUUGACUUAUCCGGGUUAACAGAUAGAUAGUAGAUCUACUAUAAUCAAUUUCGAUUAUAUUUUUAUUUAUUUAUUUUUUUUUUAUUUGCCGUGAAGGCAUAAAAAAGUCAUGAAAAAAUAAUGGAAAUUCAUUGGUUAAAAAGUGUAUGAACCCUGUUGAUCAAACUGCACAUCGUCGCUGUCUAAUGAAAAACACUUAUCUCCAAAACACCAAAUUUACAGAAAAGAGAAAAAACCUUGUACAUUUUCAAUGGAAGUCAAUGUAAAAAAAAGUUUAUUUCAGGUCAUUUUGAAGAGUUUCUAUUGGUCCGUUCAUCAAGAAAUUUUGGCACAGUGUAAGGGACAGUUUGUCUGUUCUAAUUAUGUAGUGAACUAAAAAUCGAUUAAAAAAUGGAGAUAAGUGUUUUUCAUAGGACAGCGACGACAUGAGAAAACUACACAGAGAUCCACAGCUGUUUACAUCCACAUCUCUACAGACAACAAAACUAGUAGUGGACAUGUUAAAUAAAAAAAAUGGGGACAUAUAGAGACAAUGUGAAUUAUACACGUGAAAUAUAAUAGUGGGCACCCACCAAUAAAACCCCAUGAAAGUAUUCUAUAUAUAUUUCAGAAGGACCCUGAGGAUGUAGCCCAUCUACAGAUAUGUGCUGUAUGUUGUUUGUAAAUCAGUAUUAAAAUAUAAAGGAGGAUUUUAGAGAGGAAGUUUAUGGAUUUAUGGGUUUAUCUGCCAAGGACCCUGAAUAACCAGCUUAUGACAUACUCAAAACUCAAAAAGGGAGGAGCCACUAUGGUGACAUAUAUAUAUAUAUAUAUAUAUUAAGAAGAAUGUAUAAUACAGUAAAUACAGUAAAUGUAGUUUAUACUUCUGUAACGCGUGACCAGACGGGAGGCGGACGUAAAUGCGGGUAAGACAGACUUUAAUAAAUAACAAAUAAACAAACAGGGGAAUAACGAAUAUAUAUAUAUAUAUAUAUAUAUAUAUAUAUAUAUAUAUAUAUAUAUAUAUAUAUAUAUAUAUAUAUAUACAUAAACAAACAGGGAAAACAAACAAAGAGCUAAACUAGACAGAUAAGUACAAACCAAGGUAAGGGAAUAUGUACAAAGGAUAAAUACGUGAAUAUAUACAAAUAAACAAAGAAACAAACAGGCAAGAAACGUGACUAGAAAUAUACAAGAAAUACAUAGAGCGUAACGAAACCGUGAACAAACUAUAGUAAACGUGGCGAGACAAACGACAGAGGAAGGUGCAAAGACCGACAGAGGACAAGGUGGCAGAGGAGGGCUAUUUAAGUAACAGGAAACACACUAUAAUUAGAAACACCUGGGGAAGGGGCGGAGCUACAAAUGAGACACAGGUGGAAAAGUACUGAGACGGGAGACACAGGGGAGCACAGGUCACGUGGGGAAUGCACACAGAGACACGAGACAGGGCCAAGACGUGACAACUUCAUUUACUAACUCAAAGAGAAACUGUGAAGUAUAUUACACAGUUAGACUGACUCAUAUAUCUGCUGUGCAAAAAAUUUAGGCAAAAUAAUAUACAGCUCUGGAAAAAAAUAAGAGAUUACUUCAGUUUCUGAAUCAGUUUGUCUGAUUUUGCUAUUUAUAGGUUUAUGUUUGAGUAAAAUGAACAUUGUUGUUUUAUUCUAUAAACUACAGACAACAUUUCUCCCAAAUUCCAAAUAAAAAUAUUGUCCUUUAGAGCAUUUAUUUGCAGAUAAUGAGAAUGAGAAAUGGCUGAAGUAACAAAAAAUAGUUUUUUGUUAUUUAAGAGAUUAAAGAGUUCAGAAAUCAGUAUGUGAUGGAAAAACUGUGUUUUUUAAGCGUCUUGGCAUGUUCUCCUCCACCAGUCUUACACACUGCUUUUUAAAAAUGAUGAGUUUCUUUGAUUAUAUGAAAUUGAAAACCUCUGGAAUAUAAUCAAGAGGAAGAUGGAUGAUCACAAACCAUCAAACCACCAAACUGAACUGCUUGGAUUUUUUUGCACCAGGAGUAAAGCAGCAUAAAGUUAUCCAAAAGCAGUGUGUAAGACUGGUGGAGGAGAACAUGAUGCCAAGAUGCACGAAAACUGUGAUUAAAAACCAGAGUUAUUCCACCAAAUAUAUAGAUUUCUGAACUUUAAAAACUUGAACUAUGAAUUUUAAUUUGUUUUCUUUGCAUUAUUGUGUGUCUGAAAGCUCUGCAUAUUUUUGUUAUUUCAGCCAUUUCUCAUUUUCUGCAAAUAAAUGCUCUAAAUGACAUUAUUUUAUUUGGAAUUUGGGAGAAAUGUUGUCUGUAGUUUAUAGAAUAAAACAACAAUGUUCAUUUUACUCAAACAUGAACCUAUAAAUAGCAAAAUCAGACAAACUGAUUCAGAAACUGAAGUGGUCUCUCUGUAUAUUUUAGCAGUGUUUAUCUGAUGGUAAUGUGAUGGUAACUGUGAAUCAGUAGAGGGCGCCAUUGAAAAGAACAUUAGCUUGCUGGUCUUGGACUAUGGUUUUGAGGAGAGGCAGAACUUUGCGAGUUUUAACCACUAGAGGGAACAGUGGAUGUUGUGGAAGAUGUGUUAUUGGGACUGGAACUCAUACUGGAACUUCUGAACAAAGCAAGUGCAGAUGUUGAACCGGAAAACCACUGUCCUGACAACCUAGAGCCUGUUUCUUUAAACAGGGGAUGGAAAACACUUGAGUGAUUUAUGUUGUUACUGUAUUUAAGGUGUAUUUUGCGAGUUUGGACCAUGCUUUCAGCAUAUGGUUACUUGGGGUGAAGUUCAGGAGACUUCUGAAGCCAGAGAGGCAAGAUCCUAGUAGAUACCUGAAGUCAUUCUGAAGUCAAUCUAAUGUGAAAAAAGAAAGAUGUUAGACUGAAAAGACUGGUUGUCAGUAAAGCCAAUGGAGUCAUUGGAUUUAUGUUGACCUCCAACAUUGGACAGACAGUACUGUGCAAAAAUUUUAGGCACCACAGCAAAUUACACUAAUCCAUUUAUCUCAGAAAGAUGAGUGUUUGUACCUGAAAAAAACACCACAUAUGAUUUAAACAGAUGCUAAUAAACAUACAUACAGUAAAACGUAACAAGGAAUUCUCAUUUUUAACUAAGUAUAAGUGUUUUAUCCUGUGAGCCGAGCUGAAGAACAAAGUGUAGAGAUUCCAGAUUUCUCCUGGAUGCUCCUCAGCCAGCAUGUGUAUAUUAUUAUGUUCAGUUCCGUCAGCAGCUCACCUGAUUUACCACACUGUCCAAAUAUUUACCAAACCAGGUGUUGAUUAAUAUGAUGAGAACUAGAAAUAACUCUAUUAAACUCAGAUGAGGAGGAGAGAUUAAGAGACAUUUUAAGGAAAACAGUGAUGUAAAAGCUCUGCUUUUUUUGUAAAAUUGCUGUUUGUGAGCUAAUAAACACUUACUUCAGCUUUUUCUUUAUUAACGUUCCUACAGGUGCCUAAAACAUUUGCACAAUGCUGUAUAUAUUGAAUUGUACAGUUGGAUAUACAAAACCACUAUAAAAUCAGUGGUUAUCCUGCAUUGUAGAUUUAUACUAAAGUCUUCCAAACUAGGAAGAAAAAUACACAUUUUCUCAGUCAGCUUCAUGAGGUAGAGUCACCUGGAAUUCAGGCUUUCAGUUAACAGCUGUGCUGAACUCAUCAAGAGUUAAUUACUUGAAUUUGUUGCCUCUUAAUAAAGUGUUUGAGAGCAUCAGUUAAAGUAAAGUAGUGAAGAGGUAGAGUUACAGGUAUACAGUGAAUAGUGAAUAUUUAUAGAGUAAUGUUUUAAUACAUAUUAUGAGAAGCAAGAACUACACAACUAAAUAAAGAAAAAAAGUCUUUUUUUUUAAAAGUAUUCUCAAGUGCAGUUGCAAAAACGACCAUUAAAAAUGUUUAAAUGAUGAAACUGGCACUCAUCAGGUCCGGCCCAGCAAAGAAAGACCAAGAGUUUCCUCUGUUGUACAGGAUAAGUUCAUCAGAGUUACCAGCCUCAGAAAUCAUAUUUUGGUUUGUUUAACAACUUUAAAUUACUACAUAAUUCCUUAUGUGUUCUUUCAUAGUCUGGAUCACUUCAUUAUUAAUUUACAUACUAGGGGAAAAAAGAAAAACACUGAAUAAGAAGGCGUGUACUUUCAGUGCAUUUAUUUAAGUACAUAACUCCAUAUUUCCACUUAAUUAAGUAAGAUCUUAUUACAGUACUCAUACUUUCACUCAGGUGCCCAUUCUUCAUACUUUUUCCAACCCUGCUUUUACCGAUGCUUUCUGAAAUGUCCUAGAAAGUGAUGGUGGGUUCUUGGAUGGCACAUGUGAGACUGCAACAGAACUUGGAAAUAAAUGGAAUAAUUUAUUAAUCCAAGAGAAAUAAAUCAGAGACAAGAAGUAAAUAAGACAAUCUUGAAGACUGUUCACACCUGGUCAAUAAAAGCAUAUUCAGUAAACAGAUUAUAUCUCAUUUAGUUUAUAACCAAAACACCAGUAAUCAUUUAUUCAGUUCCACACAGCAAUCUGACUUGAGUCUGACUGACUCUAACUCUCUGGCUAUGUUCACACAGCAGGUAAAAUCUAAUGUGAUCCAAAUCUGAUGUUAUUUUGUUGUAUGUAAUACAGAUGUGGUAUCUGUUUCUUCAUUUACAUGUGGAUUUUAAAUCCAAUACAUAUAUCUGAUUUGCAAAAAAUGUAAAACUUACAUAUCAAAGAAACAAUCCAAAGAAGUGAGCUGUAACUGCAUGAUAGUUCCUGUGAUGCUGGACGAGAUGAAGCCGAAACUUCACGUGAAGCGCUGCUCUUAAGCACACUUUCGCAUGCUAACUGCGUGAAUUGUACAAUUAAAAGUUGGAUAUACUAAGUUUGUAAUAAAUUACAAAAAUAGUGUGAACAGACUGAAAAAGAAAAUCAGAUUUUGGUCAGAUUUACCAGCUGCUGUGUGAACAGAACCAAAUCUGAGACGUAUUUGACCACCAAAUAUAAAUGCAUACAGUUAAAAUCUUAUCAGGAUACAAUCCAAACGCAAUGCAGAUGCAGGUUAUUCAUGUGUAUUAUUCUGGGAUUCAUUUUCUCCUUUUUUUACAACCUUUUAGGGUUUAAUUAAUUGAAUGUCAGGUAGAUUGGUAUUAAGCAGGAGUUAUAAGUUAUAAGUGGCCUUUUUUCAAUCUAGGGCUGCACGAUAUAUCGCUUAAGCAUCGUCAUUGCGAUGUCACUUGUGGAAAUUAAAUCAAAGACACAAAGAAUCAAUACACAGCGCUGUCUCUGUGUCUGUGUGAGUGACAGGCUGCUGCUGCCUGAGAAGCAUGAGGGGAGGGGAGGAGUGAACAAGAGGUAACCGCAUGGACUCCAUCCACAUGAUUGGGCAUGUUCUUGUAAACGUGAGCAUGUGUUGAAAGCUGUGCACCUCAAUCCAGCACAGUUGUGCAGUGCAGAUAUUUCCAGUUACAGCUGAAUUCACGCUUUAAAUGCCUGAUUAAAGGGCCGAUUACUGUUGUUUUGCUGUUUUCCUCUGGUUUUGAGUUGAGCUCGGCGCUGACUCAGCUUUUGAUUGGUCCGGACGCGAGAUAGCGCUCAGGUGGGUUAAGGACUGAUGACAUCUUGGGGCCUGUAUUAUUUGACAUCGCGAUAUAUAUAUAUAUUGUCAAAAAAAGAAUAUUUGCAAUGUAAUUUUUUUUUUCCAAUAUCGUGCAGCCCUAGUCCAAUCGUGCUCAGAACCUCCUCAGAUGGACCCACUUCAUCUCAAAAUAGAGUGUCUCUAAUGGACAAAAAAUGGACAAAAAUGACCACUAUGCCGCCUGUAGAGCUCCCCCCCCCCCAAAACCACUUGGACGCUGCUGUGGGAGAGACCAGUUCUGCUGGGUCUUUAUUAAGAUAGCUUAGCGCUCAGCUGUGCCGUGCUGACAUACUGCUCCAGAUAGAUCGCUAAGCUGCAAUAUAUAGUACAGAUAUUUUACCCCCCUGUAUCCCCUCAUGUAUAUAUUACUCUCUCUGCAUAAUCAGAAAGUGCAUUAUUUUCAUUAUUUGUCCUUUUCUCCAUCUGUUUGUUAGCAUUGUGUUUGCAGUAGAUUCUUGUACUCAUCUCCUUCUGUCCCGAUUUUGUACGCAUUCCAAACACGGGCUGUAUACUAAUGUAUAUUCAUUAUGGGAAUAUAUGCCAGGUUGCAUUUUCUUUUAUUUGUUUUCUUUCAUUUUUUGCAAUAAAGUGUGACAUUCGCUUUCUUACAUA